CCUGUGCUUUGCAGAUUCUAGAGCAACCAUUGGAAAUGUUGCGGACGGGAAUUGUGGGGGAUGAGAAGCUGGCUGUGAAGAGUAGGAAUGUGGCGGGGAGUACGGUGGGGAAGCAUUUGAGACAUGUCCUCGACCACUUCCGCCUUCUCCUCGACGCACUCGACGAGCACAGCGCAAAUAGCAGCGGCGGCACUGCUUCAUCCUCUUCCUCCUCCUCCUCUUCUACCAGCGAGCAAGGUCUUCCUAUUGUAGACUACGACCGCCGGUCUCGCUCCCUCCCCAUCGAGACUUCCGCCAGCGAAGCCCUAGCCGAGUUCGAACGUACCCAACACCGCAUCUCUUCCCUCCUCGACUCUCCCGACGGGACUGCUCUAGACCGUCCCCUCAUCCUACGAGCUACUACGCCAAUCCUGCAAGAGUUCCACUCGACACUAGGUAGGGAAGUAUGGUUUAUUGCGCUCCACUCGAUCCACCACUUUGCCCUUGCGAGGGUGAUUCUUAAUGAGCUUGGCGUGGAGGAGAGUAUUUCAAAGGAGUUUGGAGUCGCGCCUAGCACACUGGUGUUUAGGGAAUGGAGCAAGGCACAGAAGAGUGAUGAUCAGGCUAGGGUGUCGCAAUCGGGCGGUGAGAGGUCGAAGUUGUAGACGACAGGUUCACAAGGCGACCUCAACGCAGGGUGGCAAUGCUACCUUGGUCAGAUGAAUGUAGCUCGAGGCUAGCGGCUCGCCAUACCGUACCUCGCAGGCUUCUGCCUGUGAGAGAAAACAUGGUAUAUAUUGCACACACUUCUAAAGACUGCACUACGGCUCUGACAGGCCAACAUACUCGAAAAAGGCAGGGAUGAUGCUCGCUGCAAAGAAGCCAAUGUUGCUGUACACCAAGACUUUUGUCAAGAC